GGUGCAGUGCAGUGGCAAAUGCGAAACGAACGUAUGUUUAUGGCUCAUAUUGCAACAAGAAAGACUGUCCGUCAACUGUUGGCUAGAUACUUACCAUGCAGUUCAUUUCGUAGAGCUUAGUGAGAGAGACGUAAAUGAAGGAAAGUGAGCUGUUUCAACAUAUAGGUAUUGUUUGAAAUGUGAAGUGGUAGAUUGCCCGAGGAAGCUGAAAUAUGUGAAGGUUUUAUGAAUGUUCUGAAUGAUCAGUUCGAUUAAUACAUCUCCAGAUUGGUGGUAGUCGUCCCGUAACCGCGCAGUUACGUAAAAGUAUGAUUAACGUGUUGGUUAAAUAAUUGAUUGGUAGAAUGAUUCGCUCGUUCACUGAGAUUGUUUUGAAGUGUUAUCAACAAUUGUAAAUAAUUAGCAUGCUGUAGUGAAAGUGAAGAGGUUGUAAAAAAAUCUCCAAAAUGUAGGCUACAUGGAAUGACAGAUUCGACAUCAGCAGAAAAAGCUUUCAAUCCUAAGAGCCCUAUCGAUUUUAUCUGUGUAGUGCUAACAAAAAAUGGGUGGUCAGUACGAAUGUAUUGGUGCCCGAAUAUCCUUGCAUUAGUUUUUCCAGUGUUUUCCUAUAAACGCUGUCAGUCAGUGUACAGAAGGACUUUUCAGCUUGACUAGCAGAGGUUUAUGUAAAAGAGGAUAUCGUUUUGCUCAAGGUGGAUCGUUUCGUGCAACCAGGAUGAAUCGUCGCUAGUAGUAUGAAAUGGUGGUUGUUGGUGCAUUGUGCAGUGUGGCAUAAAUUUAAACAUCGGCUAAGUUUUUCUCGUAUAGUUUUGUGAAGGAAUAGUGCGGUGAGUUCGACCAACAGAACAGAGGAAUAAUAUGGGACAGGCAGCGAGUCAGAACGACGAUGCCGAUCCCGACCAAGAAGACGACGAAAUUAUUCCGAUGCGCGCGGAUCGCUUUCUGACUGAUAGUGAUAUAGCGUGUGAAGAAGCAUCCAGGUUAACAGCCGAGCUGCAGGAUGAGGUCUCACCUGAAGACGAUGAUGGAAUGUGUGAAUACCAUGAUAUGCCACCUCCACCGGACGGCGGAUACGGCUGGGUGAUUGUGUUUGCGUCGUUUAUGUGUAACAUGAUAGUGGACGGUAUCGCGUAUACCUUCGGUGUGUUUUUGAAUGACUUCGCGAAGUACUUUGGCGAAGGUAAGGGUACGGUUGCGUGGGUGGGUAGUUUACUUAGCGGGAUGUACUUAAGCGCUGGUCCAGUGGUUUCGGCACUGGCGAACAAAUAUGGCUGCCGAGCAGUCUGUAUAGCUGGUAGUAUAAUCUCCUGCGUGGCAUUUGCUCUCAGUACCUUAAGCACGAAUGUGACGAUGAUGAUGCUGACAUACGGUGUCAUGGGUGGCAUCGGGUUCGGCUUUAUCUAUCUGCCAGCGGUUGUCGCCGUUGGAUAUUAUUUUGAAACCAAACGUUCCUUGGCGACCGGAAUCGCUGUAUGUGGCUCUGGCUUCGGUACAUUUGCCUUUGCACCGCUGGCUAACAUGCUGCUGGAAAAUUUCGACUGGAAGAAUUCCACUCUAAUAUUAGCUGGUCUAAUAUUGAACUGUGCAGUGUUCGGUGCUAUGAUGCGGCCACUAACGUACCCGAAAGAAGACAAAGUAAAACCGCUGAUGCAACGAAUGUACGAGGAGAAGCGCAUGCAGAUGGAACGCGGUUCGAUUGGUGGUUCCUAUUUCAUGGUGCAAUUACCUGACGGUACAAUGGAAAAAAGACUGAAAGCUCCUCUGAAUGCCGACCCCGGCGUACACUCUAGUUUAGCUCUAGAUCAGUUAGCCGCACAACAGAGUGGGAUGCACGCAGUUGCUACGCUGCCCACGAUAGCCGAAUCAAAGGUCCACGAGCAAACCGAUUCCAGCAAUUCUUCGUCCGAAUCCAGCCAAAUAGAAAUAAAGAAACCCCUGCAACGGAAACGUACUACUAAUUCAGAGUCCGAUGCCAACGAAUAUGGCGCGAAUAAUUUGCCACGGAAUGCCUCUCAACCAGCGUUCUCUAGUCAUCAGUCAGGUAUCCCAAAGAAUGGAUCCGUUCCAACGUUCGACCGUGUUCGUAAGCAUUCGACAGGUGAAAGAUUUAAACCAUCCUUGGCUGCUAUUAAAGCAAGCUCUAGAGGUGAUGUUGGUAGUAACGGAGAUGUACGUAAAUCUAUGCAUUUAAAACUGUCACGCGGGUCUGUCACCAACAGCAAAAAUAAUAACGCUGAAGAUUUAGAUGAAACAAGUAUGUUCGCUUCCAAAGCUUCGUUGAAAGUCGAUCGACCCGGAAUGGUUCGUCCUUUGUCCCGUAAGGAUAUUUUCUACUCAGGAUCCGUCACCAAUCUGAAGGAGUUUCAGUCACAGAAAUCGCUCACCAACUACCGUAACUCAGUAGUCUCGUUGACUAAAUUCGAACGUGAACAUAGGAGCGACGUUAAGAUGGAUGUUGAGAAAGGAAGUGAACAAUAUGACCUGUGUCCAUGCUUGGUGCUUCCAGAGUCAUUCAAAAAUGCCCUUGGAGCCAUGAUGGACAUGAGUCUGCUCAAAGAUCCAGUAUUUAUGAUGAUUGGAAUUUCCAACGUGUUCGGUAUGGCUGGACUGUAUGUGCCAUUUGUAUACUUAGUGGAUGCAGCCGUUGAGAACGGAAUUGAACAAAACUCAGCCUCCUUCCUCAUUUCUAUAAUUGGUAUCACAAAUACCGUUGGCAGGAUAGUGUGCGGAUACAUAGCUGAUUUCCCGAAUGUAGAUGCUCUGUUUCUAAAUAACAUUUGCCUUGUAAUCUCAACGUUUGCCGUCGCACUGACACCGUUCUGUCAAAGUUAUGCUUCGUACGUAGCAAUGGCGAUUGGUUUCGGCAUAGCAGUUGCUGGAUACAUCUCGCUGACGUCAAUUAUUUUGGUGGAUCUUCUGGGAUUGGAUAAACUUACAAAUGCAUUUGGUUUGCUGAUUUUGUUCAGAGGUGCAGCGACAAUCGUUGGAUCACCGUUGGCCGGUGCACUGUAUGAUGCGACGCAGGAAUACUCGCUUCCAUUCUACGUUGCCGGUGGACUUUUUGGUCUCUCAGCGAUCUUUAGCUUUGCUGCGCCCGCCAUGAAAAAAUACCGCAAGCAGGAUGAAACACCCGUGCAUGUCGAAGUGCUGACACCGAUCGAUGAGGAACCGUCGGAAGAUCUCGCCGACGAUGACCAGCCCAUCACCAUGGUACCAAAGAUUGUCCAAACUGCACCAAGUCCAUCAACGGAACAGCCAAUCAAUUCUAAUUUCGCUCAGGCAUCAGACGAACGGAAGUCGAAACCGGCAGUGAAUGGGAACGCGAAUGAUACUAGCAAGGAAAUCAGCCAGAUCGAAUCUGUUCUGUAAUUGCAUGCGGUGUUGUAUUUCGGGAGUCCAAUCAUCUCAAACAAAACUCUAGAUUUGUUUCGCGCGAUCUUGUGCUUAGAAUUGUACAUUUAAUAUUUAGGUCGGACGUGUUUUAAUUAUAUUAUUUUUAAUUGAAACAAAAAAGUGUCAUACAAUAAAAAAAUUUCUGUGAGAAUAACAACCCGAAGUAUGCUAGGGCUUAGCAGAUUGCAUGUGAAAUUAAGAGCGAUGUGUGAUUUUACUAUGUAUGUAAAUUUUCUAUGCGUUAUGUACUUUUAUAAUUGUUUAGGUUUCACAAAAAGAAAGAUGAUUUAUUACGGAAAAUGCAAAGCUAGUUGGUACAAUGUUAUCCACAUUUGAAUUCAUUCGAUAGAACAAAAUGUAGUUCGCUAGUAGACAAGAUACUGCAAAGGUGUAACACGAGUAUUAGUCGGUUUUAAGUGUAUAUAGAAAGUCAAAAGGUACAGCGAAUUAAUGGUACGCCAUUCACACUACAGAGAGUUAGAACAUAGUUUUACAUUCAAUAGUAUGAUCUGUACAUGAUCAUCAUAGAGCAGUUAACUUCAGAAAAUGUAAACAAGCUUAGAUUACCAUUACAAAUGCCAAUGUUUUUGCUCUUAGCUUGACGCUCGUUUGUAAAAAUGCACAAAACCAUCUUCGAAAUUAGAUUCAGCGAGACGAUUGCAUUCUGCGUUCUGUUAAUUUUGAUCAUUUCCAAGCUUUGCAAUGCUUCCAGUAUAUUAUGCGACCUCAGUCGGUAGUUUUUGAAUCGAUUAUGAUAAGAAAGCCAAAGUUUUUGUACGUGAAACGUCUCUGUAGUGCGAUUGAUACGCCGAUGGUAGGAUAAAUAAAACAAUAAAAUUUCGAUUGUUUUUAGGAUGUAUCCAGAAAGUGUCGUAUGAUCAGAAAUGAUAUCGAGGUAGAGUUUAGGAAUGUGUUGAGUCAUUUGUUUAAAGGCUAUUUUAUCUUAUUUCAGUAGGAUAUAUAAAUCAGUGUAAAAUCGUUUUGAUAUUAAAAUAGCUUAUCGAUCAACCAAAUCAGUGUAUCCUGGUAGUAGAUGCUGCAACAAAUUAAAACAAAUAGCUAGUAUUGCUAAUAACGUAAAACGCCAACCACUGCUGGAAUCAUGUGUGCUCGUCGUGCGUGCAACUUUACACAAACGUACCCAUUAUUUGACGAAUUCUGUUAUUUUCAACACCAUGAUUAUUAGUAAAGGUCAUUUGAAACAUAUCAAGCAGCUUUUCAUCUUUCCUAUAGAAUAACAUACCAAUGCUUUCAUAUUCAAAAUUGACACUACAAUGGUUUCUGGCGAACGUAGUAUUCUACGAUUUGAAUACUUGCAACUGUUGCACGGCGAACGAUGUGAUUAUCAGCUGUAGUUACUAUUCCUUGAGCUAAUGCCACAAACACCUGAUGGAAACUGCUAGUAAAACAGAAAACAACAGUUUGUUGACAACGAUAAAGAACAGGAACAAAA